UUAUAGAGCGUCAUUCAAAUGGUUGUUGUGACGUCAUCAGAAGCUGUGUAUUAGACAUCUCUGAACUACGCACGUGUUAAAGAUGUCAACAUAGGUUGAGGGGCUAAACAUAGAAGGAACAAGCAAGGACAAAGGGAUUAAGUUGAUCAUUACAUUAUAUUACAGCUGGCUUUAGUAUAACCAUUCCACAUUUCACUACUGAUUUGAAGAUAAAAUAUGUCAAAAAGCAGCACAGAGCAUCCCUACUUACCUUUGCCCAAAGAAGUUCUUGCCAAAGAAACUGAACUCAACAUUCUGAGCCAGAAAGAUUUACAGGAAAACUUUCUUGCCAACUUUUUAGCCCAAACUGUCGAAAAUCCAAGUCAUACACUUGAAAUCAUCACAGAAGACCAAAAAAUUCAAUCAAGAUGGGUCGACUGGAGGACACAACGACAUCUCACCAAAUCUAAACAUCACAAGAAAACUCUAUCAUCCAAACUGAGGAAACAAUUGAAAAUAUUUCACAUUCAACCUGAAGUCCAAAAGUUUCAUAACUUUCUUCCUCUUCAUAAAUUAUGGAAACAGUAUAUGAAGCAGUUAAUUCAGUUUGAGAACAUUAGCCCAAAUAAUUUAAUGGCAGUCAAUCUGAAAGUUCUGAAAGCUGAUUAUCAUGGAUGUUACCUCACCGUUUCCAAGUCAAAAUGUCCCUCAUACGUUGGCACAACUGGCAUUGUUCUGAUGGAAACCAAGAACAUUUUCAAAAUAAUUACAAAAGAUGAUAAAUUCAAAUGUAUACCUAAGAAAAAUUCAGUAUUCUGUUUCAGUCUUGAUGCCUACUGUUUCACUCUGUAUGGUAACCACAUGAAAGUGAAAGCCAGUGAAAGAAGCCACCGGAAAUUUAAAACUAAAUCAACAAUAGACCUAUAAAUCCCCCAUGGCAAAGAAAAUGUUAACACAAGAAAUGAAAAGGACAUGCAGUCGACAUUGUCAUGUGUGUGGAACACAAUUUAGAAAUUGCCAACUUUCUAAAGGUUGUAAAAUCUUUUGUAUACAAAGCUGAGAUGGAAUUGUAAGCCGUUAGAGUGUUUCAAUUGCAAUAAAGAGAAAAGAAAAUAUUCAAAAUUCAUCCAAUAGGUUCAAAACAUUGAUGCUGAUCCAAGAAAAAUCAAUGAGAGCCAUCAUCAAAGAAUUUCAAAGAGUGGACUAUCAGAACUGUGAUGCUUGAAGACAUUUGAUACAAAUCAUAUGUACAUCCUCACAAUACUAUAGCUUCACUAGAGACAACCAUUGUCCAGGUGAUGUCUAAAAUGAAGAAGGACCAUUUAGUGUAAACAAGCCCAAGACUUCAGUCCUAUGUUAAAGCAAUCACUGAAGUAGAAGGCAUAUUCAUAAACUUGUCUUAUAAGAAAGACUAUCAAGAAUGUGUACAAUUUUUUUAUUAAAACAUUGAGUCAUCCCAUGAA